GUAAGUUUCUACGGGGUCCAAUUGGCAUCCUCACAGAACACUGAGUUCUCUCAGAGAUUUAGUUCAAAUACACUAGCUAAAGAUCCAAAGUUGUCGGGUGGUAGCCACUUGGGUACGAUCUUCCUCUCUGUUUUAGUAACUCCCAGUAACCAAACUCAUUAGAUAUGCAGAAGUCAAAGCCAGUGAAUAUUCAAAUAUUUAAAAAGCCAGUAUCAAUAAACUGGUUAGAAUUCAUCACUGAAGACAGUGUCAAAUUGGCGAUUCCUGUCGGGCCCCGUUUUCAAGCUGAUGUGCCCAAUUGGAAUGGCCAUGUGGGUGACAGUGAAUUAGAAACUUCAAGGUGGCUGGGCACCCGAAUAUGGCCAGUCAGAGGAAGCUGCCCAGAAACAAAUUGUAAUGCUAUUGGAAGAGGAAGACCUGACUUUUGUUCAUGCAUCACUCCCGGAUCUAUAGAAUGUGUUAGACGGCAUGUUAUUGACAAAAGGAGCGAGCUAGAGUAUGAUCUAGGAACCGUCUUCUGGAAAUGGAAAUUUGACAUGAUGGGAGAAUCUGUUUCCAAGUUAUGGAAUUUGGAUGAGCAGAAAAAGUUUGCUCUUCUUAAAAAGUUUGCUCUUCUUGUCAAAACAAAUCCCAUAUCACAGGGUAAAACCUUUCUGAAUCCAGCCUUGGAGUGCUUUCUUUCCCAUUUUAGAGAAAGUAUAGUGAGCUACUACUUCAAUGUAUACAUUCCAAGGCGUAUUGCUGUGCAGACCAGAUCAGGCUUUACAGAAGUGGAUACUGAUGAAGAUGAGCCUUCAGAGACCUCUUAUUCCAAAGGUUGUCGGAAAAGAUGUCUAGCGGAUAGUGUUGCCCCAAGGAGUUCUGAAUAUGUGAAGACUAGAGAUAUUCAGGACUUCGAGGUCACCACACACACUGGACAAUUUAACACCGAAAUAAACCUGCUUGAAGGCUAG